UUAAUUGUGCGUUUCCUCACCAAACGUUAUAUUGGCGAAUAUGAUCAUCAAACAGAAAAUCGAUACAAGCAUGAAGCGAUGGUGGAGGGGGAGCCGGUGCUGUUCGAAUUACUAGACACAUGCCCCAAGGCUAAUGAUGAGUUUCCCAAUGCCGCUGAGUUGGUGCAAUGGGCCGACGGCCUUCUACUCGUCUACUCGAUCACCGACCGCAGCUCGUUUAAUUACAUACGACGCGCCAAGUCAGACCUACAAUCCGAUACACCAGUGCAAUUAGUGGCCAAUAAAGUAGAUAUGGUGCAUUUGCGUCAAGUUAGUCGGGAUGAGGGUGAAAUUCUCGCCAAAGACUUUGAAUGCAAAUUUAGCGAGGUCUCAGCGGCGGAUCAUGUCGAUCAGGUGGCCGAAGUGUUCCACGAACUGUGCAAGGAGGUGUUGGCGUCGAAGCGAAAGUCGAAACAGAGCCUUUUAGAGCGAAUGUUGGGCGGCGCACGACCCUACAGUCGAGGGAAGAGUGACAGUAAUCUGCCGAAGGACUGAUAACAACUGCAAACAGCUUAGCGGCGUCUUGAAAGUAGAGUGAGAGCAGCCAAACAUACUAAAUGUUGCUGUGAAACGCUGUUAUGAUGCAACUUCACAGCUUAAGCGUCUCGGCUAUUCAGUCGACGUUUGUAGGACUUUGCGAAAUUUUAAUAAUUAAAAAAAAAAUGUUUUAACCUAUUUUUUUAUGUAGCGUAUAACUUAAACGAACUUUAUUUAAUACAAUUUCCAA